AUGCGUGCCGCAAUUGCGGGACACAAAGACCUUUGGUUCUGCGGCGUUCUGCACGGAGAUAUUUGUCCCGGGAAUAUCCUCAUCACACCAGAGGACGAGAACAGGAAAUUAGGGUGCCUGGUCUAUCAUGAUCAGGAGAACUCGUACAAGAGAUGGAUCACACCCUCCGCCAUGCAGACGGACGACGCGAAGAUAGCUCGACUCAUCCAGUGCGCCAAAGAGGAUUAUGACUUGGAUAUCACAAACGCCACCGCGCUGAAACUCUUAGCCUACUUUCGCCUAAGUGAAUCGCUGGGAGUCUUAGAAGAAGCCCUGAAGAUUUGGAAGGAGGUAAUUCCCGACAUCGUCGUAACCGUACCUGAGCCUAAUCUUUCCUGGCCUAAUUGCGAUGACGUGUCGAGGGACAUUGAUGUGCACACCGGUACAGCGGCGUUCACGAGUGGCGAGUUAUCAGGAAGAUUUCGAAGGCCGUACGAGUAUGGCUUCGGACGAGGUCACAUCAUCCACGGCGUCAUCCAUGACAUUGAAUCGUUCUUCUGGGUUCUCGUCUAUCUCUGCCUCACGCGCACGGGUGAAGGCCGGUUGCGCCCCGAAUUACUUCAGGAUCCGCCCGAGGACGACACCACUAAUAGGAUUUUGCAUACCAUUGUUUACUACCUGUUCGACAUGUCGGACGACGACGUAGUCAAGAGCAACAAGACCGACUUCUUCCAACAACCUGGCCAGAUGAACGAAUAUAUCAUUGCUUCCUUUCAUCCCGAUAUGGCAUGCUUGAAACCGCUCAUGCUGAGAUGGUGGGACCUGCUUGUUUUCACCUACAGGACUUACAACCACCUCACCUCCGGAGUCAUACAUUCACAAGUUCUGAAACUCUUCGACGAUACACUGAAAGACGUCCAGCAGCAGUUUGGGACCGGACCACCCGAUGGACCUCUCACCGGCGGACAUGACCAGCCCGCCUCCGCCGCUGAGGGGAGGGAUGACAAUGACUUGCUGCUCGAGCCAGCGGCAGCGAGGGGCAUCAACCUUCAAAGAUUGCUACCAAUAGACGGAUAUCCGAAGAUGAACUUCCUCUCGAUAUCCGGCGAAUAUCUACCACGCCAAUGGGACGCCCGCUCCACACUUAUUCCUGCACUCAAGGAGGCGACACGGAGAAAUCCUUGA